AUAUUUGUGGGGAAACGCGGAGAUGAAACCUAUCGUUUUAACUGCUUCAUCUAGACAAUGUUGGUGUUUUCUCGUGUUUUAAAAGUGCAUAUACUUCAAUCUACAAUACACUAGAGAUACGAGCAACGACUGAGGCUCUUUUCGCGAAAGCAAACCUAUUUUAGCCCAGUAGAAUGUUGCAUCAUAACGCACAAAACAGCUGAUCCGGGAGUAAAGCCACAGAUAAGCAAGAUUCACAGGUUUUAUGUAAAAGAAAAACCGGUAGGCUGCUCUGAGCAACACCUAGUGAACAAUAAUUGAUCAGUCAUCGGUGCGCAAGCUGAGUUGAACCCAUGUGCUGACAGUGCUGACUUUCUGGCGACCGUGAGGAGGCCGCCGACACAAACUCUAAAUACAGCAACGCAAGAUGACCGGCCGUGACGAGGUUUCCGGGGACGAGAUGGAGGGAACGGUGCUUCUAAGUGAUACUGGGGCGUGCGGCACCAUAGUUCGAGGAAUGGAGCAAACAAAUGACUACAACGAGGCCGGGGGCGGGGUCGGCGACGGAGGAGGCGGAGGCUUGGGCAAUGCUGGAGCAGGGACGGCCGGGGACUUGUGCGUGGUGCGGCCUGCUCUCACUGUCUCCCAGCGGGCCAGGGACUACCACUACCAGCCCCAGGACAAGCCAGGAUUCGUCAAAACUGUGCAGAAGAAGGUGCGCGACUCCUGCGCCUGUUCUGGAAGGUGCGUGAAGACUGUCAUCACCAGCAAGCUGCCCAUCCUCACCUGGCUGCCAUCCUACAACCUUCGCCAGUCCCUUCUCGGUGACAUCAUCGCCGGCGUCACUGUCGCCAUCAUGCAUAUUCCUCAAGGGAUGGCCUACGCCCUGCUGGCUGGUCUGCCGCCCAUCACAGGCUUGUACAUGGCCUUCUUCCCGUUGCUCGUGUACUCCGUCCUUGGCACUUCGCGUCACUGUUCCAUGGGUACAUUCGCCGUGGUGUGUCUCAUGACUAGGAAGGUGGUGGAAGAGCUGGCCACCGCCCCCGAUGUGCCCCCCACCGCAGCCUUCAGUAUCGGUGACGGUGGCCUCAUGGAUAACACCACCGCCGCCGCCGUCACCUACACGCCGGUCCAGGUGGCCGCUGCUGUGGCUCUCAUGAUUGGCAUCGUGCAGGUGGUGCUGGGGCUGCUGCAGUUAGGCAGUCUUUGCGUCUUCCUCUCUGACAUGCUGGUGUCUGGCUUCACCACUGGGGCGGCUGUUCAUGUCAUGACUUCGCAGAUCAAGUACCUCUUUGGCCUUCAGGUGCAGCGUUACAAUGGUCCUCUCAAGAUCAUAUAUACAUAUAAAGACAUCAUCAGCCAACUUCUGCAUGCUAACCCUGCUGCCAUGGUGAUUUCCGGGUUGACAAUUGCUACUCUUGCCUUCAAUAAUGAAGUUUUGAAGCCAUGGGUUCGCACCAAGACCAAGAUUCCUGUCCCAAUUGAACUACUUGUCGUUAUUGGAGGGACUGUUGCAUCUUAUUUUGGUCACCUCAAUGACAAUUACAACAUCAGAAUUGUUGGUGAAAUCCCCACAGGGAUUCCAGCUCCUACGCCUCCACCCUUUGAAUUGUUGCCAAAGGUGGUGGUGGACUCUAUAGUGAUCAGUAUUGUGGCUUACACUGUGUCUUACUCCAUGUCUAAGAUAUUUGCCAAGAAGCACAAUUACCAAGUGGAUGCUACUCAGGAACUUUAUGCAUUGGGGAUCAGCAAUGUCUUUGGGUCUUUCUUUGGAUGUGGGCCCAUUGCAGCCUCUCUGUCUCGCUCAUUGAUCCAGGAGGCUGUAGGAGGAGCCACACAAAUUACUUCCUUUAUCUGUUGUGGACUAAUUGUCUUGGUGCUUCUCUUUAUUGGACCUGUAUUUGAAACUCUCCCCAAUUGUGUCCUCUCAUCUAUUAUUGUGGUGGCUCUGAAGGGAAUGUUCCUGCAAGUGCAUGAGCUCAAGCGUAUCUGGAAAGUGUCACGUAUGGAUGCAUCAAUCUGGUUAUCUUCUUUCCUGGGAGUUGUGAUCAUUGACAUUGACUAUGGCCUCCUGAUUGGCAUUAUUGUGUCUCUGGUGGUUCUCCUCUGCCGAUCACAGCAACCCAAAACUGCCCGCUUUGGACACAUAGCAAACACAGACCUAUAUUUGGAUGUAACCAAAUAUUCUUCUGCUGUGGAAAUCCCAAGUGUGAGCAUUUUCCAUUUUGGAGGCCCAGUACACUUUGCCAACACUGAGUACUUCCGCACACAGCUGGAGACUAUCACUGGUCUAAACCCAAGCAUCAUGUCUCAUAAAAAGAAGAUGUUGGAGAAAGAACAGACUCCUGAACAAGAUGAUACACAACAGUCAAAUAAGGAAGUCAAUGGAAGUGUAGCAAGUGAAGGGCAUGAGAAGGAGCCAAACAAGCUUGUCAUGCUAUUUAAGAAUAAGAGGAAUGGAAAAAAGCCUAAGGAUCUAACCAUCUCAAUGCCGGAAAUCAAACACAUCAUUAUUGAAAUGAGUUCUGUCAGCUACAUCGAUUCAAGCGCUGGGAAGCUGCUGGUUCAACUUUACAAAGACUAUAAUGCAGCAGGAAUAUCAUUUUCCUUGGCAGCAUCUUCAGAAAAUGUGUUGGACUCACUAGAAGAGUGUGAGGCCACAAAAGUGAUUCCUUCAGAGAACAUCUUCCAUUCCACACAUGAUGCUGUUACAAUUCUCACCUGUAUGGACUCAUCUGCUACAAACAGUACUAAAUUAUAACAGCAAGUAUUUGUGAUACUGUCCACAACUUUUUAUAUUUUUUUCAUCCAUAUUUCUGAGUGCAAUUUUGUAGAAUUAAGUGCCUCUAGGAUAUGCUCUGCCACUCAGUUGUGUAGCUCAUUGUAUUCUCAUUAUAUUAUUAUGAUUAUGUGUUUCAGUCAUUGUUAUUUUAUUUGGUAGCCAUAUCCAUAACUUGAAUAUCAAGAAGGAAUCAAUAUGGAACAUACUAUCAAAUGUUUUAAUAUGCUGUAAUGCCUGAAACACAAAUCAGUAUCUGAUAUCCUUUGGGCAAUGAACUGUGCAUAUCAUUUGUUUUGCAGUAUUAUGUAUGUACAUGUAUAUAAGGCAGCCAUAUACAUAAACCAUAGCUUAGUAGUUUAGUUUGUGAGACUUGUGAUAAUACUUAAUUACAUAUAGUUCAUAUACUGCUUAUCUAUAUUCUAAAAGCAGUUGUGAAUGGGAAUGAACUAUUUUCUUUUAUACAGUGCUUCAUCAGGAUGAGGUGCUUGCCUUACUAUGUAGCUUAGCGGCAGCUGCUGGUUUGUAAGGGGAAGCUAUCAUGAUCUUAACUGACUUGGUGGUCCAUAAAGUGCCUGUAAAAUGUGUUAUUGUGAAAUGAAUUAGCAUUUCACAAUUUUCUUUUUUUUUUUAUUUAUAUACUAUGUAUAUACACAUGAUUUUUACUUUCUCACAUUAUAGUGAGAUGAUGAAGUUAUCCAUAAAAUGUAUCAGUAAACUUUCAGGUAAGAGAGUGUCUUUCAUAAACUCAUUUACAUAUGUGAUCUUCCUUGAUGCUUAAAAAAUGUAUUUGCUGAAUUUUUAUUUUGCUCAAUGCUCUGAAAAUUAAUGUAGUUAAAUUUUAAGACACUUUUGACGUAAUUAUCUACUUAUAUUCUAUUAAAAGAUAAAUAACUCAUUAUUUCAUCAUUUUUGUUAAAGUUGAAAAUAGUUUGCAGAAAAUAACUAGUUAAAGUUUUCAUUUGUACAUUUUGGUUAUUUUAUGAAGAAGAUGGUGCACUUAAUUAAUAUAUAUUUAUAUAUAUAUAUAUAUAUAUAUAUAUAUAUAUAUAUAUAUAUAUAUAUAUAUAUAUAUAUAUAUAUAUAUAUAUAUAUAUAUAUAUAUAUACACACACACUGUUUUAUUGACCUGAGUUUCAAAUGUGUUUACUUAGUAGGCAGAUAGUGGAAAUAGACAUAUGUACUUGGUUAUUUCUUGUAUUGCUUAUUAAAAGUUUGAAAUACAUAUUAGUGUAGGUUUUAUAUGGCAAGUUUGUAUGCAACUGAAUAUGGGAAAUCUAAUGUUUUAUCUAGUGACAAAAUUGAGAUAGAGUAAUAGAAGUUGAGAUGUAUAGCAUCUACAUAUACUUAAUUUCUACAAUGGAGAAAGAGCAUACUUAUAUUUUUGUGCCAUCCUAAAAUUUAGUUAUGUGCCAUAGUAAAAAUAUACUUAUUAAUAUCUAAAACUUAGGUAGGAAUAUAAGAAGUGCUACUAUUUUCAUAUAUAUAAUUUAUUUUUUGUACUUCUUAUUUUUGACAGUGAAUAAAGUGAAAGAAUUUUUAACACAAAUUAUUG